CGCCACAUGUCACGAAAGAAGCAGCCAAAGCUGUUUUGGUAUCUUCGUCGUCGCCCUUCGGAGCCCUAACCCUAAUCACCCCAUCACCACCAGCCCCUCCCCUCAAAUCGAACCAUCGUCAUGGCCAGCGAGGAGUCGCCGUCGCCGACCUCAAGCGGCAAGCACUGCCGUUCGGCAGACGAUCAUGAGGCCGAGACAUCGUCGAAGCGACGGAAGCACCGUCACCGUCACCAUCACCGCCGUCACAGCAGACGCGGUCGCGAGAGUGAUGACGGGGCCGAGGAGGCCGCUCGGGUUGCGGAGGCGGAGACUGCUUCUUGUCCCGUUCCGAAGCCUGCUGAUGAGGAGCGAGAGGAGGGUGAGAUUCUCGAAGAUGACGAGGAGAUGGCCAACCUUGAUCAUACUAAAGUCGAUGGCUUCGUGACCGAUGGGGUUUCCGACUCUGGAUCGGGUGAAAUCAAGCCUGACGGCGUCGAUGUUUAUUCCAAUCUGAUUGUGCCUGGGGUGAAAGAUAGUUCUGGGAAAAAUGUUUUGGUGCUUAGUAAUAAGCAGAACACACUGAAAGAUGAAAAGAUGUUGGACCUUGCUUGGUCAUGUGAGAAUUCUAGUUUGAAUGAUACAGCUUGGAUGGAGGUAGAUACGUCAGAUGGAGAAAAUUGUGUCUGGAAGGCUGAGAGUAUAACAAAAUCAUUAGAACUAAAUGACAACAAGCAAAUGCAAACUGACAGAAAUGAUUCAGAAAGUCAAGUAAGAUCAAGAUCUCCGGUUUCUAAAGAAAGUUCUCAUGCAGCAAAGGACAGGAUGAGUUAUGACCAUGUGAAAAAAACUUCUGACAGUGACUCAGAUAAGGUUGACUCAAAGCAGUAUAUGGAGUCAAAGGAUGCUAACAGAAGAGCAACUGAUAGGAACAGGUCAGUGUCGCCCAAAAGUUCGCAAGAAAGGUACAGGAACACUAGAAGGUCUCCAGCGUCCAUCAGGUACCAUGAUGAAGACAAAUAUAGGGAUAAGUCCAGGCCUAUUGAUCAUAGAAAGAGGAGAUCAUAUGAUAAGGUCUCAGAGCAUUCCGACAUGGGUGAUGAUCAAGUUGGUUUGCAGGAAAGUAAGAGGGAUUAUUCCAAUAGGCAGCAUAAGUUGGACAGAUGUGCAGCUAGAAAUCGAGUAAGUGAUAUAGAGAUUCCUAACGAAAGAGAGAGUAGUGGCAAAAGAAGACAUGAUGACAGGCACAGAAGUCGGGAAAGGGAUAGGGAGAGGGAAAGAAGUAGUAGUAGUGUCAGAGACACAGAUAAAACACAGUUGGAUAAAAGGUCUCACAGGGAAAAAGAGAGGAGUAGCAGUCAUAGCAGAUAUGACAGACAAGCAGACAAGCAUGAAAUUUGGGACAGAGAAAGUGGGAAAGAAAAAUACAGCUUCAGCACAAGAGACAGAGUAAGAGAUAAACCAAGGGAUUUGAAUAGGGAGAAAUAUGUAGAGAGGGAGAGGUUAAGGGAGAGUAAGCAUGAAAAAAAACGGGAUGAUAGUGAUAGAGAUAAGAAUAAGUCUAGGGACAGGGAAAUUAUUGCUCAUAAGGGUAAAGAACAUGGUGAUCAAAUGGAAACAGGUAGGAUUAGUAGCAGGUAUAGACAUAGGGAAUCUAGGCAUCCAAAGUACGAUGAAGUAGAGCAUCACAAGGAUAAAUCACGUUCGGAGGCUGGUUUCAAGAAAGACAAUUCUGACAAAGACACACAAAAGUCUAUUAGGGAGGAGGAGGAAGAGGAAGAUUACCAAGAUAAAAUUGAACAACAGCUUGCUAAGCAGGAUGAAGAUGAUGUUGACAUGAUUAAAAAUGAGAGCAGAAAAAGGAGGCAGGCUAUCUUGGAAAAAUAUCGACAGCGGCAGCUACGGCAAGUUGAAUCCUCAUCUGAUGGUAAUGUGAAUGAAUCUGAGAAAGCCACUUCGGAUAAGGAGAAUCUACAGGGAUUGCUUGCUAUGAGUGUUGAUAACAAAGUGAAUAAUGAAGAGCUUGAGAAUAGGGAUGACUCCAGAAAUGUAUUUGAUGUUGGUCCAUCGUUUUCUGUGGGAAAGUCACCUGUACAGAAUGGAGAUUUAGCUGAUAAGAAAAUGAACAAUGUUGGGGGACUUGGAGAGGGUACUCCAAAGAGUGAAAUAUCAGCCGAUAUGUUUACUGAUGACAUGUUUGGAGAAUCACCAGCUGGAGUUUGUGUGAAGGGAAAGUGUGAAGGACCACAGAUAGACAGAAGUUAUCUUCAUGACAACUGGGAUGAUGCAGAUGGUUAUUAUAGUUACAGGUUUGGGGAAGUACUCGAUGGUCGCUAUGAAGUUGUUGCAGCACAUGGAAAGGGUGUCUUCUCAACAGUUGUUCGUGCUAGGGAUCUCAAGGCUGGGAAAGGUGACCCUGAAGAAGUGGCUAUUAAAAUGAUUCGCAACAAUGAUACCAUGUACAAGGCAGGUCAGGAUGAACUUGUUAUAUUGAAGAAAUUGGUAGGCGCUGAUCCCGAGGACAAACGUCAUUGUGUUAGGUUUCUUUCAUCUUUCAAGUAUCGGAAUCAUCUUUGCUUAGUUUUUGAAUCUCUUCAUAUGAACCUUCGUGAGGUUCUAAAGAAAUUUGGUCGUAACAUUGGGCUAAAACUGACUGCUGUGAGGGCCUAUGCAAAGCAGCUUUUCAUUGCGCUGAAGCAUCUCAGAAAUUGUGGCGUUCUGCACUGUGACAUUAAACCGGAUAAUAUGCUGGUAAAUGAGCCCAAAAAUGUGCUCAAGCUUUGUGAUUUUGGCAAUGCUAUGUUCGCGGGUAAGAAUGAGAUUACACCCUACCUUGUUAGCCGCUUUUACCGUGCCCCAGAAAUAAUUCUUGGAUUGCCAUAUGAUCAUCCAAUGGACGUGUGGUCGGUUGGUUGCUGUCUAUAUGAACUGUACACAGCGAAAGUACUCUUUCCUGGUCCAUCAAACAAUGACAUGCUUCGACUACACAUGGAGUUAAAGGGUCCUUUCCCCAAAAAGAUGCUUCGGAAGGGUGCCUUCACAGAUCACCAUUUUGAUCAAGAUUUAAAUUUUCAUGCCACUGAGGAGGAUCCUGUUACAAAGAAGCCUGUUAAGAGACUGCUGAUAAAUAUUAAGCCAAAGGACAUCGGCGCUCUCAUGUCAGGCUUUUCUGAGGAGGAUCCCAAAAUGUUAUCAAAUUUUAAGGAUCUUCUAGAUCGAAUAUUUGUAUUGGAUCCAGAAAAGAGGAUGACAGUAUCUCAGGCAUUAAGUCAUCCAUUUAUCACGGGCAAGUGAAAUAAGAUGCUGAUUUUCCUGACUCUAGAAAUGUUGUUCAGCUAUGAGUCUACCAUGUGAUCUAUAUUGACAUUUCCCAUCUAAUUCUUCGGCGUUUAUUCUGUCUUUUCACUGCUUGGUGGAGCUUGGUGGAUCGCGUUGAAGAGGAGUUGAAAGGAUCAUUUGUUUUAAAGCCUUUCUUCAUGGGAGUUCUUAACAUGGGAUGUGUUUCUGUUUCUUGUAAGACAACUCGCCGAAGGCGUUUCAUCUUUUGUAAAUCGUUCUUCAUCAUGGCCUUUGAAGAUAUAAAACUGAAUAUUUGUUUUAAUACUUGAUAUUUGAUCUUUUCUGUUCUA